GUCCAUUAAUUAUUAAAAAUAUACUUAAUCUUAGAUAAUUUAAACAAUCGUGUUUUAUUCCGGCAAGUUUUCAAGUCGUAACAACAUAACAUGGUGUCAGGUUCAUUUCUAUGUAAAUAAUUGUUAAAUCGUCGAACCCAAAAAGUCAAAAAACUUAAAGUGAAAAUGUCGGAAACGGAAAACACAUCGUCAACGAGUCAAACCAGUUCCAAGCCACAAAAAUUUAAUGGAAAUAGCGUCCCGAGUCUUUCUGUUGAGGGAAACCUGUCAAGUAAUUGGAUUAACUGGCUGCAACACUUCAAAAUUUUCAUGAGAGCAAGCGGGUUAGAGUCUGAACAAAAUGCAAGAAAAGUCGCAAUUUUUCUUCAUUAUGUUGGUCCAGAGGCACUCAACAUUUUCAAUUCUUUUAAUCUGGACAUGGAUAAUUGCAAGUAUGAUGAUUUGCUUAAAAAGUUCAUGAAGCAUUGUCAGCCCAAAACAAACCUUACCAUAGAAUGUCAUAAUUUCCUCACAAGGUGUCAAAAGCCGGAUGAAUCGAUUGAUGAUUUUAUCACAGCGCUGAAAAACCUAAGACUAAGUGUAAAUAAUCGAACAAUUAAAGAGAGAUUAUUACAAGAGGAAAAUCUGGAGUUGGAAAAAGCUAUAAAAAUUGCCAAAAGUAUAGAGCUUACUCAACUACAAGCUCAGCAGCUCAACAAGAACUCAGAAGUGUCAGUAUACAAGGUAAAUAAAAAUAGUGGCGAGUCAAGAAGUCAACAAAGUCAAUUGUCAAGGUCUUAUCAAAGUCAAAGCUACAGUCAAGCUGGUGUCACAAGUAGAGCUGGUUUUGGUAAUCAUGCUGUCCGAGGUAACCAAGUCAAGUCAAAUCACGUAAGUCAAAGCAAUCCUUGUACUCGUUGUGGUCAAAUUCACCGAAGUAGUUGUCCUGCUCAAAAUGCUGCCUGCAACCAUUGUCAUAAAAGAGGACAUUUUGCCAAAUUUUGUCUUUUUAAGAAUGUCAAAGCUAUUAAUGCAUAUGAAUCUAAUGUGUCUAAUAAUAAUAAUGAAAUAGAGUCUGAGUCAGAUAUGUUUUAUAUAAGAGCGGUUCAAAAAUGUCUAAAAGAACAGCAGUUUUCUAAAAAUGCCUGGUAA